AAUUUAAUGCCCCCAAAGUGGUUACUUCCAAUUUUUAUCUUUGCCCAAAUGUAGUUACUUUCAAUUUUUAUCUUUACUUGCAGGGACUUGCAGGGACGCUCCUUGCACGUACCUUUCGGCAUUGCCAUUCCACAGUUGGAGACUAAGUGCGAUUUCUAGUUCAAGAUACAUCUUAUUUACCGCUUGGUCAUCUCAUUCAAUCCAUCAAACUAGUAUAGUAGAUCUCAUUUUUGAGAAUUUCAGGAUCGGCGAACAUUAUAUUUAACGAUGGUUGGAUCCAAUUCAACGUCCAUAUCGUCCCAAAAACCUGUUAAAUCAAGAGCUUAUAGUAAAUCAGCUCGUUUUGGCACAGCCUCAAUUCCAGCAUUUGGGAGCAGCCCAUUAUUUGGAAAUACUUUUGGUGCUCAGAGUUCAACAUUUGGUUUUGAGCAAACACCAUUUGCUGGACAGCGUGGAGGUAGCAGAGUAGCACCAUACACUACCACAAAUGAGACAGAUAGUGUCAGCAGUGUCAGUGGGCUGACAACUGGAAUUUUUCUUUCUAUAUCAGCUAUGCCACUAUACAAGGAGAAGAGUCACGAGGAACUAAGAUGGGAGGACUAUCGAUCAGGUGACAAAGGUGGUCUUUUUCCUCAGCCAACACAAUCUAGCCCCUUUGGUCAGACAACAUCAUCUGCCUUUGGUCAGACAACAUCAUCUGCCUUUGGUCAGACAACUUCUGCCUUUGGGCAGACAUCUGCUUUUGGUCAGACAACUUCUGCCUUUGGGCAAGCAUCCUCUGCAAAUCUAUUUUCUGAUAUAUCCUCUGGCAUUUUUGGAAAUAGAGCAAAAGGAUUUGGUAACAUGCCAUUUGGUUCUUCAUCAGGUUCUGCAUUUAACUCACCUUUUGGUGCCACUGCCACCUCCUUAUCUAGUCCUUUUGGUACAGUUUCUUCAUCAUCAUCUCUUUUUGGAUCAUCAACAUCACCGGCCUUUGGAGGGGCAUCUUGUGCCUCUCCUUUUGGCACAUCGAGUUCUCCAGCAUUUGGUUCAACCCCUUUUGGCCAAGCUUCUCAGCCUGGAUCUUUAUUUGGUUCAACUCCAUCGUUAAGAUCAAGUCCUGCUUUUGGCUCUAGUACCUCUUUAGGAAAUACUCAGUCAUUGGGACUGUUUGAAUCUUCUACAUCUGCUCUUGGCCAGACUGCAACAGCCUUUGAUCGGACCACCCCUGCCUUUGGACAAACUACAAAUGUUUUUGGUCAGAUUACGCCUGCUUUUGGAAGCAACUUGUUUUCUAACAGUACUACAUCAACGAUUUUUCAGAGCAAACCGGCAGGCCUUACACAAUCAAUGCCUUCCAUGUUCGGUGGAUUCCAAAAUCCUACUCAUACCCAGACACAAGGUGGUUCAUUUACCUUCAGUAAUUUUGGGCAGCCACGGCAAACAGGAGGUGAAAUGGAAGCCUCCAAUUUUCAGAUCUCCCAGGUGGCGCUCAGGAAACAAACAGGGGAGGUGGAAGGAAAAAAUAUGGAAUCUGCUAUAACCUUGAUUUUUCAGAGGAUGGAUAAAGAGAAGGAGAUUAUGGAGCAGCUCAAAGAAAAGGUGGAGCAACUCACAUCAUGUGUACAUUCCUUGGUUGGUCCUAUUCAGUCUUCUGCACCGAUGCCUACACUUUCAUUUGUUAAUGUUGCUGAUAAAGAUAUGCCACCAGCUGGAGAGAUUGGUUGCAUUGUGAAGGGAACCAAGUCUUGGAUGGAAGACCUAGCUGCUCUGGGGUCAAAACUCAUCGAUGAAGCUGUCAUUUUAUAUCAUAAAAUACACGAUGAUUUGAAUUUUUUGACAGAUAUGAACAAGAAGUUUGAUAAAGAGCUACAAGGGUUAGAAUGGAGUCUACCUCAAAUUAAGGAGAUGAUGAAGAUUGAAUUUGAUAUCCUCGUAGCAGAGAAAAUUUUUGAUGGAUCAGAUUCUAACUUAAGUAUUGAAUGGCUCAAAGCUACUGAAUGGAGAAUUGAGAUCUUAGAGGAAGGAAAAACUAAAUUCAGGGAGGUUGAUGGCAUAGCUCAUGAUGCCCUGGUUGAUAUCCAAGUUUUCAUAGAAACAAUACCAUGUGGCUUUUAUAAUAAUCAAGGAUCUAUCAACUCAGCAGGUGUCAUGAAAGACCAAUUAGCAAAGGUAAUAAAGAAGCCAAUACUUGAUAGUUCAGCCAUUGAUAGGCUCAUGGAGUUGAAGAUUUUGUGCCAGAACUUUGAGAAGAAAUUGAUCAAAUGCCGCGAAGUGUCCUCUAAAGUGUUGAAUAUUCACAUAUCCCAAGAUAUGCAUUUCAGAUAUUCCAAAGGCCCAAAUCAAACAGCAGUAAAGGAAGCAAUUGAUAAAUUUAGGCAGUAUAAGAAACGAGUUUUCAACAAUGAAAAGGGAACCAUCAACAUUCAAGAUGGUCAGGGAGAAGGCUCUCAUUGAGGGCAUAUGACGUUCAAAAGAUCAUCAAUUUUUUGCUGAAUUGUAAUGUUAUAAUGUUAAAUUAUAAUGUUUCAUUCCAUGUGGUUUGGAAUUUAAUAGUUUAAUUUCUCCUAAAUGUGUCCUUGAGGAAUAGUGCAUUAUGUUUUUUAAAUAUUUGGGAUAUCUCAAACGGUAAUGUAAACGGUCAUGGAAGGAAGCUGAAAGGUCAUUUUGUCUAUGUAUUGUAAAUAUGAGCAAUGUACAUAUUUUUAAUAUUCGAAAGACUUCGAGUUUUCAUUUGAAAGAA